GACGAACGUUAUCUGCGACUCGUUCCCGAUGUACAUGAAGAUCGACCACAUCCGUCUGUAUCAGGACUUGGCGACGGAUCUCGAAGCUGAUAAUUACAUGCAAGUUGGUUGUGAUCCAGCGAGUCAUCCGACUCAAGAAUGGAUUGAAGCCCACAUCGACGAGUACGAAGAUAAUGAUAAUAAGUGGGAGGAAGUGGCUGGCAAGGCGUUCUGCGAGACCAGCGACGACUGCACGAUUGGUGGCACUUUGAGUCGAACGGCUCUAAAGACCGGGAAAUUGUUCAAGUAGCGUUGCGAAUGUAUGUAUCAUUCGUGGGGUGGACCACGAUGCACCACCGCCAUCUCUGGCUCCAGUUCUACGGAAACUAGUUUGAAGAGCAGGACGUAUAGCCCACCGAUGGAAGCGUCGAUUGCUCUCGCUGUUGUGGCCUGUUUGCUGUCUUUAACGUCCGUAUCGUAAUGGACUCCGAUCAAGGCACGAACUCUGGUUUACGGGGUUCUGAGAAACAUGAUGGCUGCCACCAGUAACAGCAUCUACGUCACAAGGAGCAACAUUUUUCUUGUCACCGAAUGAUCGUAUUCAGCUCGCACAAAUUAUUAAGGACAUAAUUGCUAUGAGUACGGAAGCUAACUCAACCAGUCCCAUGACGACCGAGCACAUUUUCGGAUGUCUAUAGA